AUGGACUAUUUGCAUACCACCGUUCGGCCACUGCCUUGGCUGCUUCCGCCUAUAGAUGGCUUCGCUCAAAUCCAUUCCCUCGAUCUGGGACCAUUGUUAGCGGACUACAGCUAUCUACAAUUAGCACUGCUACUAGCUCCAUCUGCAUUUGUGCUGCUUGUAUCGCCUUUCCGGAUCUUGCAGCUACGCAGGGCCAACCUCAAAGUCCUGCCCAACUACAGAGGCGCCAUCAAAGCAAUACUGGCAGCUUCCAUUGCCGUCCUAGAACUCGUUAUUUUGGUGGUUUAUCUUCAGUCUACAGUAGCCCGCGAUGACACAGCCAUUGGCAUUCAUGUUGCCGUUGUUGUUGCCUCCCUCUUUGUUUGUGUACUGUCAUUUUUCGAACAUGGCCGCUCUGUCACGCCAUCCACCAUUCUUAUUCUGUAUCUGUUUGCCUCGAUAGCGUGUCAGUCCCUACAGCUGCAACAAAAUGGUCUCGACAAUCUAGAAAUUCUCUACGCGGACCUUGUCCUGAGAUUUGCCCUUCUUAUUAUGGAGUUGUCUAGCAAGAGUGCUUAUCUUCGACACCCAUAUUCAGAAUUAUCUCCAGAACAAACAACUAGCAGUGUCAGCCGCGCCUUUCUGUUCUGGCUCAACGAUCUGAUUCUCCUCGGAAACUCCAAACUGCUGAGCAGGGCUGACCUCCCACGACUUGAUGAUGGUCUAAGGUCCAGUCCUCUUCGCGAGCGCAUGGAAGAUAUGUGGUUCAACGCAGCAAAAUCGACACCGACCCCAGAAAAAGAUGACGGAAUGAUGCUCCUCUGGGUCGUGUUCCGGUUCUUCCAGCGCAGCCUGCUCUUCAAUUCUGUACCGCGUCUCAUGAUGAUUGUAUUUCGAUACAUGCAGCCCGUAUUCAUCAACAACACGAUUCGAUUCGUGACGGAGCCUGCCACUGAAAUAAAUGAACAAAUCACCGGCCGAUACCUCAUCCUUACAGCAGUUGUCAUCUACGUUGGCCUCGGUGUUUCAUUCUGUAUGUACUACCAAAACCACAACCGUAUCAAGACCCAGUCUCGCGGCGCACUCAUCGGGCUCAUCCACGCGCGGUGUCUGACAGCCACAGAUGGCGCCUACGAGAAUGCGUCGGUCGUUAUGCACAUGAGCAGCGACACGGAUAUCAUGGAGAAUUUUGCAUGGCUGUGCCAGGAGAUGUGGGGGCAAGUCAUUGAGCUCAUGAUUGGCAUUGGCAUGCUCUGGAUGCAGUUGAGAUGGUGGUGUCUUAUGCCGCUCGUCAUCAUUGCUUCAUCGUCGCAAAUUGUGAAGUGGACAGGGCGUCUGACGAGCGAGUCCAUGGUAGAAUGGCAAAAGGCCAAGCAGGAUCGCAUUGCCAUUACCACAUCCUUGGUGGACUACGUCAAGAGCAUCAAGAUGAUGGGUAUGACGAGAUCUAUCACGGAUAUCGUCCAAGCCUCGCGUAUCAACGACCUCGUCACAGGUCUUGACUAUCGCUGGAUCGUCGUGUACUUCAAUUUGACUGUAAACGGAAUUUCUAUCCUCACGCCCGUCGUAACACUGGUAGCAUAUGCGGUGGACGCACACCUACGCGGCAAAGAGUCUCUUGAUGCCAGCACGGCCUUUACCUCGAUUGCCAUCAUCACGCUCGUCACCAUCCCCGCCAAUGUCAUUCUUGCGCUUGUCCCGCAAUUCGCUACAGCGUACAGCUGCGCCGCUAGAAUCCAAGGGUAUCUGCUGGCGCCGUCUAAGGACGAUAAAAGGACUCUUCUUGGCUCACCAACAUCGACUGAGCCCACUCCAGCUAUCGUCUUUACAGACGUCUCGCUACGCCCAGCUGCUACAGCAGAUAUUUGUUUGAAGAAGGUCAACAUUUCCUUCAAGAAAGGGUCUCUUAACGUCGUCUGUGGCCUUGUUGGAACUGGUAAGACAACGCUGGCCAAGGCAAUCCUUGGCGAAGUCACCGCAGACUCAGGCACUAUAGCCGUCUCAACCAAGCGAAUGGGAUACUGUGCACAGAAGCCAUGGCUGAUUAAUGCCAGCGUUCGAACUACGGUAUGCGGCACAGAGGACGAAAAGAGUAUCGAUCAUGAAUGGUACAAGACGAUCAUCCAUGCCUGCGGGCUCGAUGAGGACUUGAAACAGUUGAGCAUUGGCGAUUCCGAAGCAGCUGGUAGCCGAGGUGUAACUCUUUCUGGUGGCCAAAAGCAGCGUGUUGCCCUCGCCAGAGCAGUGUAUGCGCGACCCGAGAUCCUCGUUCUGGACGAUGUCUUAUGUGCCCUCGACGCCAAAACAGAGGCACAUGUGGCAAAGAUGCUCCUUGGACCGGAGGGUAUCUUCCGCCAGCAUGGGAUAGCGGUUGUUUUAAUCACCCACGCUACCCAAUAUCUUCCAUUUGCCGACCAGAUUGUCGUCCUAGGCUCUGGUGGAAUCGACGAACAAGGGACCUGGGAUAAGCUCCGUGCUUCGACAGGCUACAUUAGCAGGAUCCAGUCGACAACCCCGAAGAAUAAUGCUAACCCAGAGCCAACUGACGUAAUAUCCUUUAACGCAGGUAGAUCAGCACCGGUUUCUGGUGAACUACUACCCUCAGACGACGAUAACGAUGAGCUAGAUCCGUCCAAGAGAGCUGGCGAUCUCUCUGUAUACUACUACUACUUCCGCUGCGUCAACAUGGCAGCUGUGGUCAUCUUCUUUGCCUGCAUCGUCACAGACGGAGCAGCAUUGGCUAUUACACCGUCUGUGUUGCGUGCCUGGUCGGAAGCCGGCGGUGCCCAUAUGUGGCUGUACACGACUCUCUACGCCGCAUCGUCUCUGCUAUCGCUUGCUGCUACUGGUUCCGUAAUCUGGUCUGCCUUGAUUCUCAUCGCCCCCAAGGCCGGUGAAGUGCUUCACUUCCGUGUACUCAAGACAAUUGCCAGUGCUCCGCUAUCGUACUUUUCCACAACAGACUCUGGCUCCAUUCUCAAUCGAUUUACCGAGGACAUGACCUACGUGGAUCACACGCUGCCAUACCAUUUGAUGAACUCGUUCUGGAGCUUCUCGCGACUAAUCUCUCAGCUCGUGCUGCUCUCCAUCACGCAAAUCUAUGUCGCUGUCGGCACACCCUUCCUCUUCUUCACGCUAUAUCUGCUACAGAAGCUCUAUCUCCGUACAUCGCGACAGAUUCGGUAUAUGGACAUUGAGCUGCGCGCCAAAGUGCUCUCCAGCUUUCUUGAGACGCUCGAAGGAGUCUCGCACAUUCGUGCUCUUGGGUGGCAGUCACAAUACGUUAGACAGAACAUCCGCGAUCUCGACAUUUCUCAGCGACCACAUUAUAUGAUGCUAUCUGUUCAACAAUGGUUAUCCUUGGUACUGGACAUGCUUGUGGCUGGACUUUCUGUUCUCAUUGUCGGUCUUGCUGUUGUGUUUCGAGCCUCGACUAGCGGCGGACAGAUUGGCAUUGCGCUCAACAUUGUGCUUACCAUUUCGACAACCCUUACGCGUCUUCUACAAUCAUGGACUCAGCUGGAGACCUCGCUCGGUGCCGUGUUCCGCAUCAAGUUGCUGGAAGCGACGCUGAAACCAGAAAACAAGGAAAACGAGUGCAUCGAGCCCCCAGCACAAUGGCCAGCUACAGGGACUAUUGAACUCCAAGAUGUAGUGGCCUCUUACAAUCCCAAAGCCAUUGCGCUGAAUGGCAUUUCGCUCACCGUCCACUCAGGCCAGAAGGUCGGCAUAUGCGGUCGCACCGGAAGCGGCAAGUCGACCUUUUUAUUAGCACUGUUACGGCUUGUGGAAAUGGAUUCGGGCACGAUUCGCAUCGACGGUAUUGACCUGGCGACGUUGCCACGCGAGUCGAUCCGCGAAAGGAUAGUAGCUCUUCCACAGGACGCAUUCAUGCUCAAUGACACGAUACGCCGAAACAUCGACCCAGAAGGGAUUGCUUCAGAUGAGCAGAUUAUUGCGGCUCUUGAAAAGGUGCGGCUAUGGGACAUUAUUGCGUCUCGUAUAAGUAAAAUCGCUUCCAUCUCAACUGGCAGCACUGCACCUUCAGGGGGUCAAAGUACAACUACCACAGCAGAAGCAUCUGAUCCCUUGAAUGCGCCACUCAAAGAGCUACCACUUUCGCAUGGCCAGUUCCAGCUGUUUGGUGUGGCACGGGCUCUCCUGCUCAAGACACGGUCCCGGAUUCUGCUACUGGACGAAGCAACGAGCAACGUGGACCUCGAAACAGACAAGACUAUACAAAGAAUUGUUAGGGAAGAGUUUGCGCAACACACGGUGAUUACCAUCGCCCACAAGCUCGACACUAUCCGCGACGCAGAUACCAUUGUCGUCAUGGACAAGGGACGGAUUGUCGAGAUCGGAUCUCCAAAUGCCCUGCUCGCCAAGAUGGAUGCUCAAGAAACGAUGAGUGGAGAGCAGCCGAUGGGAAAAGCAUGGUUCCGAGAAAUGUGGGAUAGUGCUCAUCUAGAAUAA